AUGGCUCCGAUGGUCACGACCCGGCCUGGAUAUACCGUUUUCAACGACUUGCAGCGAAGGAUGGGUAUUUCUUCCUCACAACCUGUCCCUGCCUUAAGUCGCGAUGUCAACGCUGGUGCCGGACCUUCCCCUAGUAGCCCGGAGUCCCAGUCCCGCUUUGCUAGCCCAGACAUGGAUGACGUAGCCGCAUCUCAGCAGCUCAUGGAUGAGGGCGCGCGCGCCAACCCCACGUAUGAUGCCACUGAACAGCUUCCGCCGUCCGACGACGCUCACGACAAGCCCGCAUCUGCGCGGAAAAAGCGCAAGAAGAACAAAUUGAAGGCGACGCAGAAGAACCCCGAGACGUCAUCUGCGAACACGCGGAAUGCUGCCAGUCCACCUGCAACUCCAACAUCCUCGCCAUUUCCCUUCCCAGCGACCCAGCCAGAAGCCGAAGAGAUCACUGGCCCAGUGUCAGGAAGCCUUCAGAUGGUGCCGAGUACAUCGCAAGCAAUGCCUACAAUUGACGUGCCUGAUUCUCAGGUCGCCGCUAUUCCCGUCCGCGCACCCGCUUCGCCGCCGAAAUCGAGCUACAUGGUGCCUUCCAGUGUCACCAAGACCAAGCGCACGUACAAGAAGAGCAGGCAAUUGAAGAGAGAUGAGAUUGCUCAGGAUGCUAUUUUCGGUGAGACUGUGGACCAACUCGCAGACACAAACACAGGCACAGAAGACCCAAUCUCGCCUUCGCACAAGACUUCUCAGCGCAAACGUCCACGAACCAGGGAUAUAGACGGAGGAUCACCAGGAGCUGUAGACGCAACGCCUGCACCGGCUAAAAGGCGGAAGAUUGGCACACCCAAGUCGGCAACUACCCUCCAAGAUCUUAUACAAACAAGCCCCAAUGACGAUGCCGAUAUACAGCAAACCAAAAAGACGAAACUGAAGCGAGUAAAGAAGCCACAUACGCCUGUUGCAAAGAUCAAGGACAUCUAUGAUAUCCCAGAUGACGAAACAGAGCCUACUGACGGGGCUGGUGAAGCUCUUGCGCCAUCUGCGAAUAAUGGAUUUGGACAGUCUGGAGAUAGAGAGGAAGGCGAACAGGUACAAGUAGCUUCGACUCAGAAGAGGCGUAGUGAAAAGAAGAAGAAGACAACGAGCAAUGGCGAUGUCUACGACUGGCAUGCCUCGGUGCGCCAACCCGGCCAAUUACCAAAUGCAUUACUCAACAACAAACAAGACGACGACAUACUGAUGCAAGAUCCCAUAUAUACUGAUGACGACGACCCCCCAUAUGCUCCAGCUGAAAGGGAGGGAAAUGGAAAGACACAAAAGAAGAGAAGCAAGGAAAAGGGGAAGGAGAAGGAGAAGGAGAAGAAAGUGCGGAAGAAAAAGCAGAAGAAAGGGAGUUUAGACGGCCCAGGUGUGAUGAAGAUUCGCAGAAACAAUGGCAGCAGUAUCAGUGGACUUUCGUCUGCUGAAAGGGCGCUCAAUGCCUCUCGUGACCUCGGCCACCCUCCGGAUCUGCGAACGAGUGGCGACUUCACCGAGGAUGAAGAGGAACUAAUUCGCCGAGCCAUUAUAGAUUUUCAACAACGAAAGGGGUUGGACGUUUCUGAACUUGUUGAGAUUAUCCAAUGGAACCAGUAUGACCCCAGGUUUCACCGUGAUCCGGGUGUUAACCGGAAUAAGAGUGAUUGGACGCCUCAGGACCGCGAGGAUGAGCGAGAGAGCACGGAAUUCUGGGAUGAAAUCAAGAGCAUUGCAAUGACCCGGUCACAUGACAGAAUGAGGAGGCAUAUCCGUCGAUUAUAUCACCAAUUCAAGAGUGGCGCAUGGACAGAAGAGGAGGACCAGCAGUUGCGAAAUCUCCAGGCUGCUCAUCCAAACCAAUGGAAGCUCAUCUCGAUUACCAUGGGCGACCGUUCGAUGCACGACUGCGUGAACCGAUGGCGCGACUACUUACAGUACGGCGAACAACGAAAGACAGCUCGCUGGACUGAAGAAGAAGAGAAUCUUCUCAUCCGUGCUGUGACGACGGUUGUGCAAAGAGAUGAAGAUCACCGUGCCGAGACAGGAAGGCCGCCACUGGACACGUACACCAACAAACACAUUAGCUGGCCUCAAGUUGCUCGCGAAAUGGGCAACUCUCGCAGCCGCAUUCAGGCCUCGGUCAAAUGGACUCAAUUGAUGAAGCGUGACAAUCCACCGCAGAUUGAGAUAGAGUACAAGCCUAGAGCAUCAACCGCGGCGUUGACUGAUGCGCCCACUAAGAAGAAACGCAGGCAGAGUCAGAAGAAGAAUGCAGUGGAUAAGAAUGCGUACAAAUCUCAAGACAUUAUAGUGGAUUCAGAUGUGGAGGAGAGAGGAGAACCUGAGGAGGCUGAAGACGGACCAGAACCUGCGACAGGUGCUACAAUGAGUAAGCAGCGUGGUCAGCCCGAGGAACCGUCUGACGAGACUCAAGACCAGGAACCUGAAGGGGACCUGGGCACGGACAAUGGACCAGCUAUUUCGCCGCCACUGGAGAAGAAGAAACGUGGACGACGACGGAAGAGCGAAGCGACGGAAGCUGAUAAGCCUGAGGAAGUUAACGAACCAAGCACGGCAAGGGAUGAGUCAGCAGACAGGGAAGCAGAGGAAGAGCGUGUUAGCGGUGAGCUAAGCGAUUCACAUUCUAAGAUAAAGAAGAAGAAGAGGAAGAAACGAUCGCGAAAAAGCGAGGUUGAGGAAGUUGACGAGGCUGAAGAAGGUCAAAGAGAAAAGGGGGAUGUAGGGGAGAGUCGUGAAGAAGACGAAGAUGGAACUCGACAAGAUGAAGCUGGAGAAGUGCAAGUGCAAGAGGAGCAGGAGGAACAAGUGCAAGAAGAACAGGCCGAAGAUGAGCAGGGGCAGGAGCAGGAGCAGGAUGAAGCAGACGAAGAAGGGUCUGAUGAAGCACAAGGCAGUGAGCAGAGCUCAGCAGAAGCUAAAGAUGAAUCGGUGGUUGGGCCGGCGGCGGCGUUGUCGGGCGAGGAGGCGGAGGACGUGUCUGAGCCGUCGGCCGGACCGGGUGUAGAUCAGAUGCUGUGGGGCGACAAGUACGAUCUCAUCUUCAAGCUCCAGGAUCGCAGGGACGAUUAUGAAGAAGAGGUUGACUGGGAAGAUGUGCGCAAAGACCAAGGGUACCCUUGGUCGACGGAAACACUCAAGGCAGCGCUACAUGAGUUGAUUGGGGUGAUUGGCGAGCGUGGGCGAGAAGUGGACGCAGAUGACUUUCCAGGGACGAUUGACGAUGUCAUGGAUUUCAUAAGCGAAGAGCAUGGUGCCGAGCUUGAGGAGCACUAUCAACCCGCGUAG